AACCAAUCAGAGUUGCGCCCCUUUUGGCGGGAAAGGCCAUACGGGCUUCCUUUGUUAGACCACGUGAAUGGCAAGCUGGCUAUAAUAACUAGACUGAACCGGCUAGACUAACGCACUGCAGCUAGCAUCACAGACAAGAAGAGCAGCAACAUGGGUCGCACGAAAGCCGAAUCUCCCAAAAAGAGGAAGAGGGUUAAGGAUUUGAACAAGCCAAAGAGGUCCACAUCUGCUUAUUUCUACUUCCUAGCUCAUUGUAGAGAAAAGGCUCAAAAGGAAGGCAGAUCUAUAUCAAAGAUUGCAGAAUUCACAAAAGAAUGUUCCGCACUAUGGAAAGACAUGAAUGACACGACAAAGAAACCAUUCAAUGACAAAGCAGAAACAGACAAGUUGAGAUAUCAGAAAGAGAUGGGAAAUUACAAACCACCUAAGGGAGGUAAGACUGGUGGGAAGGUAGAAGAUGGUAAACCAAAGCGACCACAGUCAGCAUACUUUCUCUUCCUUGCCGACCACAGAAAGGACUGCAAGGGCAAAGAUAUCGGUCACAAAGAUAUUCUCAGACAAGCUGGUGAGAAAUGGCGAAAACUGACUGACGACGAGAAGAAACCAUACGAGAAAGGUGCACUUGAAGAGCAGAAGAAAUAUGAAAAGGCAAUGGAAGAAUGGAGAAAGGGUGGACCAUCUGCUGCCAAGAAGACAAAACAGUCAAAUGGCAAGAGUGAAGAUGAUGAUGAAGAGGAGGAAGAUGAGGAGGAGGAAGAAGGGGACGAUGAUGAUGAAGAGGAGGAAGACGAUGAUGAGGAUGAUGAGUGAAAUAAAUGAGACAAAUGCUCUAUUGUUGUGACUGGCAGACCACCAGGAGACUCCCUGUAGCACCGUCUUGCAACAUGCCGACCAGACAUCUGCUUCAACAAGGAUAUGUGCUCUGGUCUGGCAAUGUUGCAUUCAAAUUUCCCAGAAGGUGCUGAAAGCUUUAGAUCAAAAUUUGACAAAUGACAUUGUUAUUGAAUUGACAACUUUUGUCAUCUAAACCUGCCUUUUGUUCCAUACAUGUGAAACAAGUUUGAAAUUGAGGCAGCUCCAAAUAGCAAUAUUCCAAAAUAAAUGCCAAAAGACAUUCUUGUGAGAAAGUGCUACAUAUAUUCAUGUUUGUAUUUUUCUAAUGGGGUUUAAACUGAGAUCUGAACAUUUAAGCCUUGUUUUAAAGCUCAGGGACAUACACUGCAUGUUAAUCUCCCUUGGUUAUUUUAUCACAAGCAUAGGAAACGUUUAAUUGGAAAUGCAUUCAUUGUCAAGAUAGUUUAGAAUUGGGCAAUUACUAUCAUCGCCAUUCCAAACUGGUUGCAUUUUAAUAACAGGACUUAGAUUGAAUAAUGUGUUAAAUUUAGCUGCAUUUCCUCAGUUAGAUGUCAUAAUCAUGUUCACUUGACCUGAGCUCAACAUUGUACUUAAGAUUCUUACUAAGUCAAUAAACAAGCCAAAGAAAUAAUGUGUCUUUAUUCAAGUGUUGAGCACAACAUAUCAUGUCUAGCCUAGGGUUGUGUAUAGAAUAAGUCAUGUUUGCAUGAACUUGUGAGGCCAGUAAGUUGGAAGUAGGAAGAUAAAUGGUUUCUCAAGCACUGCUGAGAAUCUGCUCACCUGAAUCGUCACUCAUACUGCUUGGUCAUCCAUUUGUGUUGUAUUCAAUGAGGUCUGUAAUCUUAGGGCUGAUCGUGUUAUAGAAAGCUUGACCAGACCACGAGGACCUCAUUUUAUGUCCGUGUUCGAAUUUUAAUCAUUUUUUUUUCAGUGUUGAAUAAAUUCUUUUCACAACU